UGCAAAACUAAAAGGGCUCUAUAUGUUAAAGAAAACUAUUCAAGUCAUAAUCACGGUUUAACCCCUUAGGUUCUAGGGUUUGUAGGCGAUGAAUCCAGUAGGCUUCUCUGAUCCUGUCUCCACCUCUCCUAGGCAAAGCUACGUGCUCUAUUAUCUGGAAGCGCGGCUGGGAAAUGGUAUAUCGGUGUUUCUCAAAAUGGUAUGGAAUGGGAAGUAACACAUUUUUCUUUCUAAUUGUAGAUUUGUGCUUGCAGAAGCGAUCUUUCAUCCUGGUGGAAGUCUCACCGACAUACACAAGUCCACAGGGACACUUCAAGAUAUAGACCACGAAGUUACUUUUGCAUGUGAAGAAGCCAUUUAUUUUAAAUUUUUCCCCUGUAUACGGAACUUAUGCCGUGUGAUUGAUCACUGACUGCAAUUUUGGAUCGGUGGCGCUCCAACUCAGUGUUUGGCUAAAGAAGUCCUUCUGUCUGCAUGGAGAAGGUGUGGGCUGCAAUGGAGUCUGCGUCACCUCCUGCAAACUCUGCUGGCCUCUUGCUUCAGAAUAUUUCUGCACUGUGGUUUUGCUGUCACUUUUUCCUUCUAAAAGCUGCACAUUCACACUGGCGACCUUUGAUGAUGCUGCGGUUUACUUCUCAGAGGAACAAUGGCAGAACCUGGAGGAGUUCCAGAAGAAGAUUUACAAGGAGCUUAUCAAAGAAAUCUAUGAAACCAUGCUGGCCCUGGGAUACCGCAUCCCGAAACCAGAAAUUGUGUCCCGAAUUGAAAGGGGCGAAGAACCAUGCGUUGAUGCCUGCAAAAAACCCAAACUGCAAGAAUCUCAGCCAGAGGGGGCUCCCGACGACAGUAAAGGUGCCUGCACUUUGUCUUCUCUUAUUAAAUUAUUUCACAAAUGGACAGGGAAUCAAUCCAAAGAUACAUGACUCGGAGCCGGUGAUUAAGGUUGAGCAGAAGUUUCCUGAAGCCCCCACUCUGGUUGCUCCUAGUGAGAUCUCCUCGUCUCAGGAGCGCAGUGGAGCUCAGUGCACGCGUUGCGGGACGUGCUGCAACAAUCAGUGUAGAAUGGGAUACCAGUGGAACGCACAGGGAAUGUUUCCAGGAUCUCCUAUGGACGGGAAUCAGGGGAAGCCAUAUAUGACUACUCCUCCACCUGCCUACUUCAAUGGGAGCCCCAUAUCUCCAGGAUUUGCCAGUAGAAGUGAAGGAAUGUCACAUCCCACCACGUCCGUGGCCAUUUACGGGAAUGCAGGAAUGGUUCCGCUGUCUCCGCACUAUGCUGGUCCUGGCUACAGAAUGACCACCGACCCCAGCUCCCCAUUUCAAUUGCCUGAGAGGCCAGGAAACUCAGUGUUUGGUUUUGAGCAGAUGCCCAUGGGCCCACCAAACAGUCAUGUCGAUCUUGAGAACAGAAACCGAAACGCGAUGUUCCAUGAUCGAAGAAAUCCUCCGCCCCCCUGUCCCAGCUGCGGAGGCUUUUGCAAUAAUCAAUGUGGAAUGAACAUCCAUUGGGAACAACGAAGGUUGCAUCAUCCUAUUACUGGGCCAGUUGACGGGGCCCAGGGGCAUCGAUAUCCUUCUCCUCCAAAUCCAUACUUUAAUGCUGGAACAAAUUCUCAAUCUUUCUCAAAUAUACGCCCUCCGGUCAGACAUGUUACCCCUCCGGUAAAUGUUCAAGGGAAUUCUGGGAUGAUUCAGCUGUCUGCACCAUAUCCAGGGUAUUGCAGGCCCGGAGAUGCCAAGUCCCCAAAUGUUUUUCCAAACAAGCCAGAGCACUCAGUCGGUAAUGGCAUCCAUGGAGGCAAUGGAGCAGCCUCUUCGCCUCAUGGGCAUAAUCAGGGUGUCAAGUACGGCGCAGUAACUGCCAACAGUAGUAUGAAUCACAGGAGGUCCCAGUCUAUGUCUCCAUUGGCAGCCAUUGAAACGAUGCCAGUGUUUGCGGCCAAUCACAGUCCAGGAAUUGUUGGUGACCAGAGGAAUAAACCUCUACCCCAAACGGUGACCAGCAGUGAUAAUAGCAAAGACCGAAACAUAAUGCCUUCCUAUGGUAAUGGGCGACACCAGCUAAAUUAUUCUAUCCAUGGUGUCAAAAUGACCAGAGUACAGCCAGCUACGUCAGCAACUGGUAACGCUGGGCAACCGAAUUCUUCACCAUCAGAAAGGGGGGAUACAGCUUCCAAAAACACUCUUCCCUCAUCCUCCACCUUUCUUGGUCAAGCUGUAGAGCAGAUUGUAGUAACUGAAAGUCAUGCCAUUAAAAGACCUUCUUCUCAGCCCACUUCUGAAAGUGGGCUCCCAGCAAAAAGAUCCAGUCCACCGGUGAUCAUUGUUCACUGCGAACAAGAAAAGCGUGUCCCGACGCCAAGAAAGGCAGGAAGUUCUGCUUGCGUUGCAAUCCCCAAAUUGGGCAUUCCUUUAACGCCACUUGUGGUUGGUGGAAGCCAAGAUUCUAAGAAAACUCCACCACCUGAAAUGAGAGACAAUAAGCGCCAAACACCACCUAUUACCAUCAGUAACGUCAGGAGUGUUGCCACACCUGAAAUGAGAGAAAAUACGCGCCGCACACCACCAAUUACCAUCAGUAACGUCCGGAGUGCUGCAGCCACACCUGAAAUGAGAGAAAAUACGCGCCGCACACCACCAAUUACCAUCAGUAACGUCCGGAGUGCUGCAGCAACACCUGAAAUGAGAGACAAUAGGCGCCAGACACCACCAAUUACCAUCAGUAACGUCCGCAGUGCUGCAGGCACACCUGAAAUGAGAGAAAAUAUACUCCAAACAUCACCAAUUACCAUCAGCGACAUCCGGAGUGCCGGUAUCUUUAUGACUCCAACCUCCAGAGGUCCAAAAGAAAUGAAGGACUCUAAUACAAUCAUAAUUAUUGAUGACAAAGAUGGCGAAGGACCACCACGAGUUUCGCCUGCCAGUAGUUCAACUAUUGAGUCCAAGAAUUCUAAACCUAUGACCUCUUCAGCAAACAACCCCAAAAGCCACAAGGAACCUCCUCCUACAACUCCUCCUUCCUCCACCAACAAAGGCAUCACCCCUCAAGCUGGCCAACAAGGGGCUGCCGUUUUGGUUAAUAAAGUUCAGGUGCAGCAGCCUUCACCGAUUAUCGUCACCGGAGGCACCGGUCUCGGCAACCAACCCUUGUCUGUCCCUGUAAACGGCAACCAAAGUUUCAUGUUUACUUUUGGUAGUUCAGGACUUGUACUCGCAACUCCUGUAAAUAUUGCAGAAAAUCAGAUUCCGGGCAUAAAACAGAAUACCAGAAUGCCAAUGAGUAAGACUAGACUUGUGCCAACCAACACAGUUACCACUCCCAGGACUGUCAAUCCUAAAUUCAGCUCUGUAGCCAUGACCCCGGUCAUCGGUCAGACAAAUACGCUUCCAGUGUCAGUGCCUCCUGGUCAUGCCAAACCGGUGGCAAUCAAUGUUAACCAAACUGGCAAUAUCACCAGCACUCUCAAUAUAAAUAACUCCAACCUUACCAGUGGAACCCUCAAGGCUGUGCCGGUAUCGGCUGCGGGAAAUCCACAAACCUUUCCACUCUUUGUAGAUGCAAGUUCUGGACUUAUUCUGACUGGCUCUGCCGUUUCUUCCAAGGAUCACGGGAACGCAACCGUGGUCACUGUUAACAGGGGUGUCGUCUCUGGAAAUGUUACUCCCGUAACCUUGGGUGGAAAACUGGCAUUCAGCAAUAUAGCCCCGGUAAAUGGACGUUACAUUAUCAAUAAUUCUCCUGUCGCCCUUACUGGCAAUACCAAUAACUUCAAUAAUAAAGGAACGUUAAGUAUCAACAAUCCCACAAUCCUCACCUUAAAUGGGGGCUUCGGCAAUUCAGGGUCUGCUGCGGCACCUAUAGGGAAUAUCACCCCUGUCAAUGCAAAUAGGACUUUGCAGGUGGCCCCGACUCCAGCUUCUAAUGUUGUAGGUGGUGGCAAUCAGAAGAAUAAUGCCACGCUUGUAAGGAAGGUUGGAGAGCAGGGUGGAGCAGCUAACCAACCCAGCAGCGAGCAGCCGUCGGCAGCCUUAGUCGAAAGACUGUUCAAAUGCAGCAACUGCGAUGAGAAGUUUAACUCCCUUGAGAACUUGACUUCCCACCAAGCAGUUCACAAGCCAGUAGAUGCCCCAGCCGGGGGCCAUGUUGGCAAAUCUACCGCCAAAGACUCUGGUAAAGAAGUUCUUCCAGGAACAAGAGAUGACGAUGCUCCGACCAUUUUGUACACUACGCAAGGAGACGACGGAAGCACGGUGUAUGUCGUCACAGUGUAGAAGCGGCAGAUGUUAUACAUCGUCCUUUUAAUUUUUGUAGCUGUCUUUUUAGUUACGGGGGGGGGGUGGAAUGUCAGAAUUUUCUAUAUGUAAAAGUUAUAAGAUCUAUUAGAAAAUUAGUUUCUAAGUGUGUUGUCUCAGAUUUCAAGUGUCUCCGGACAUCCAUCUGAAACUUGUCUAGAGCUUUGGCAUGUUCGUUGUAGGUGAACCGUUUCACCACAAAGGGAAAAAUAAACCGUAGUGUAUAAAUGUAAGUAUAGCGGCGUAGAUUUAGCAUAUAAUGCACUGUACGUAAAGCAAAACGCUUUAACAGGCCCCACUAAACAGCUUCCCGAACUUUCACGAGGUCUCCAAAUCUGGGAACGUCCGUCAGACUUGAAUUACCCAUGAACUGCUGCGAAGCUGCUCAUGGACCAAGAGGGCUGUGGGAAAAGGUGGGGGACACCAUAUAAAUGCUACUGAACCAUGCCUCAAAACUACACCGUGUGCUAUUAUAAAACGGUGAAAGUAGCGCCAGGCUCUAUUCACACCAUGUGGCCACCUUUUCUGACGCCGUUUUGUGUAGUGUCUUAUCCAGUUUUACUGACACCAAAUCUGUCAUGUCUCUAUAUGUGGACGACCAGCAGUCGCCCUGUGGUAUAGUCUUUGCGUCACUUGGUGCUGUAAAUGUAAGUUCCCGAAGAACAGGGGUCGUAUCAAAGACUUCUCCGUCUGACAUCAGAUGCUGAAAGAUGAGCGUUCUGCCAAGGACUGCAGACUUCUCGGUGUUCCUCACACUUUAGGGUGAGCGUUCUUGUAGUUCCACCAUGACUCCGUAUGGCGUUGGUAUGCAUAUCCUUACAGCUACUGAAUUAUUACUGCACUGCAGAGCAUUUCCUCAUUCCUGUGAAUUGUUAAAAAUUCCAUUAGGUCAGAUAUUGCUGUAUCACUA